AUGAAUAUCGUCCAGUUCUGGCCCAGCGGCAAAUUCGACGGCCGCCUGAAUGUUCUCCUUUACACAAGGGCUGGCCAGGCCACGACUUCAUGGCCAAUUGUUGGCGUGGGCCGUGAAGUCGAUAGUCGAAGACGGAGCUAUGCAUCUAUCGUGACCGAAUGGCUGAGGCUAUGUCGCGAGGACCACCCUGCCUACCCGUCAAAUACGGACGUGCCCUUACCGACUCGCCUUCUUGAUGUCGGUCCCUUCGAAUCGAAUUCGAUACGGCUGAGGGUCACGGCGGGCCAGAGAGGACUCUACACGGCUCUUAGCCACUGCUGGGGUGGUGACAUUGAAAUAAGGACGACAAGGGAUAGCAUCGCGGCCCGGCAGAAGCAGAUCCUCUAUUCUGAUCUACCAAAGACAUUCCAAGAUGCCGUCACCGUUACAAGGGACCUUGGGCUCAGAUACCUCUGGAUCGAUGCACUCUGUAUCAUCCAAGACGACGCGCAAGACUGGGAAGGGGAAUCAGGAAAUAUGACCGCCGUCUACCAAAACGCAUAUACCGUCAUCGGCGCAGAUAUGUCACUAGAUUCGCAUAAUGGGUUCCUAAAGACCGAAUCGGGCGGUCAUUACUUCGACCAAGGGGUGCUUAUAGCCGCCAUCGACAGCGAAGAAUCUUUGAUAUAUGCUCGGCCGAUGAUGUUUCACGAAAAUCCUUGCCCCAUAUUCAAGAACGGCCCCCCAGAGCCGCUCUCGAAGAGAGCCUGGACCAUGCAAGAGCAGAUGUUAGCGUCCAGAAUGAUUCAUUUUGCGAAGAGGGAGAUGAUUUGGGAAUGUAACUCUGCACUGCUCUGCGAGUGCAUGGAACUGGACGGACAAUAUUCCCCUUUCGCCAUAAACCAAAAACCGAUGCUGAUGACUUCUCAUUGGUCUGUCAAAAAUUUCAAAACUUGGUACAAGGUAGUGGAGGAGGUCACGAACCGGAACAUCACCAAACCUGGCGAUAUUCUACCAUGCCUCUCGGGCCUAGCCCGACGGUUUCAGGACGCCGGCGCCGGGACUUACCUCGCAGGCCUUUGGCUCGACGAUUUGCUGCUGGGACUCUUGUGGGAAGGAUCGCAGCAUUGUUCCCGCGCCACCCCAUACCGGGCACCGUCGUGGUCCUGGGCUUCUGUCCGCGUGGACAAUAGCUACAUAUCUCCUCACUUUCGUACCGGUGGAUUCCUAGACGACGAUACUAAGCUGACUAAAACUUACGCCAGAAUUGUAGAAGCGAGUUGCACACAAAAGGGGAAGGAUCCCCUCGGUGCUAUUUCAGACGGCUACGUUAAGAUCGUGGCACCUAUGUUGGAAAUGGCCCCUGAUGAAUACCUCGAAUCUCUUAAUGUGUGCCAUGUUACGCCCCUAGGUGUCAAGCAUGGCUCGAGGAAGCUCACCGUAUUGCUUGACUUCGAGUUUGCCCCGAGUCGAGACGAGAAUUUGUUCUGUUUAUUCGUCGGAGAACUAAGUUGCGGGUCUAACGGAGUGCCGUGCCGUGGACUGGUUCUCCGGAAGCGAUGGGAUAUCUCGGAAAUGUAUGAGAGGGUCGGCAGCUUUAGCCUGGAGCGAGGAGCGGAGGUGGACUUCAUUCAAGGUAUCGAGGAUAGUACUGUGGUGAUCAUCUAG